AUGCUUAGCAAAAUCAACGCAAACACACCUGGUGACAAUACCGUCAAAUCGAUCAUGAACAUUAUCCGUCGCAAAGCCACCACCAAUGGACAGGUAGGACAUGACCUGGACUACGAUGACCAGGCCUUCUACGUGGUGGACGUGGAGGACAUUAUCAACAAACACUCGCAAUGGACCCAAUGUUUACCCCGAGUUCAGCCCUACUAUGCGGUCAAAUGCAACCCGAGUCCGAUCGUGUUGGAAAUACUGGCCGGACUCGACUGUGGCUUUGACUGCGCCUCCAGGGGUGAGUUGGAUCAGGUGCUGGGUCUUGACGUGAAGGUAACGCCCGACCAUAUUAUAUACGCCAACACGUGUAAACCCAGGUCAUAUAUAUUGCACGCCCGGGCGCUGGGUGUACGUCAUAUGACAUUUGACAACCGGGAAGAGCUUGGUAAAAUAUCGCGUCUCCACCCCGACGCCUUGUUGGUAAUCAGGGUUAAAGUAAAUGAUAAAUUGGCCAAGGUACCCCUUGGUUGCAAGUUUGGCGCGCACCUCUACCAGGUACCAGGGUUGCUAAAAACGGCCAAACAGCUCGGGUUGACAGUAAUCGGGUGCAGUUUUCACGUGGGCAGCGGGUGCCAAAGCGCCCUAGCUUAUCAUCAGGCUAUUUCCGACGCCCGUUUAGUAUUUGACCUGGCUAACGAUCACGGCUAUCACAUGAUCUACCUCAAUAUAGGGGGUGGGUUUCCUGGAUCGCCGGCCUCUGGCGUAUGCUUUAAAGAGAUGGCUCAGGCGGUAGAACAAGCGCUGGGCAAACAUUUUCCGGCCACUGAACACCGCUAUAAUCGGGAUAACUUUACAAUUGUGGCCGAAUUGGGUCGAUAUUAUGUGGCAUCGGCGUUUACCCUGGUCACCAAUAUAAUCGCUAAGCGAUGGGCACCGGUAGACAACGACCACAAAAACAAUGCGGAAAUGCAAUACUACCUAAACGACGGCCUUCACGGCUCGUUCGCCUGUAUUAGACUCGACGACACUAUACCCGAACCCCAACCCCUGGUGUCGUUUCCCACCCGACCCGUCUAUGAGAGCACACUAUUUGGGCCCACGUGUGACAGUAGGGACUGUGUCAGGCGCCGGGUGCCACUGACCGAGAUGCUAGUGGGCGAGUGGCUGUAUUUUAAACAUAUGGGCGCCUAUACUCUGUGCGCCCGCACCGAGUUUAACGGAUUCCCUGCUCCGAGAUUUGAGUAUACG